AGGGUUGCAAACAGGUGUGUUCAUACUUGCCCUUCCUUCUUUCAGGGUUAGAUAGGGUGCCUGGAGACAGUGUGUGCCUGGAAACUUUGGUAACUGUGAAGCACUUUUGAUCAUUGUAAAGCUUUUUUUUUUUAAAAAUAUAAGAAUUGCUACUGUAACUUAAAAAGCUAACCUUCAGAUGGAACUCCAGUGUCUUUAUAAAGCUCUCAAAGGCUGGAAAGAAGGUGAACUCCGACAGUUGAGAUGUGCUCAGGGAGCAUAGCAUGUUUCAGUGUGGGAAUGUUCAUGUUUCUAGAAGCUCAAGGAGGUGGUGUAAGUGUGUGUCAUUGUGGGGGACAGGGAGUGCUCCCCACAGACUGAAACUGUUGCAGUGGAGUGUGUGAAAGUGGCGAGGCUCAUGUGUCCAGUGUGUGUGAGUGUGGCUCAGCUCCUACUGAGUUGAGAGACCUGGGUUCUGGUUUGGUGGCCUUGAACCCAUCCCUCAGACCUUCCUGAGCCUGUCUCCUCAUUUUUAAAUGACAGACUUGGGCUGAUUGAUUUCUAAGUUCUCUCCUAGCUCUGUCACGCUAAUAAGCAUCCAGCUUGAGCAUGGGGGGCCUUUGGCUGCUGGUUUUACUGUCGAAUUUCAUUUCUGGGUCUCUGUACCUGAGUUGCUGCUCACCAAAGCGCUGGAGUUUGGCUUUUUGGAAAUUCUCUCUUCCUCACUGAAAACGCAGGAGGCUUGAGCGUGAAACUCACUCAUCAAAAAGAAAACACACACACACAUACACACAGAGCAAGAAACCACAGGGCUUAUCAGCCUGUCGUCAUCGAGCAGACGAGAAUAGUGCAGAACUCUAGGCAGAGAGGAAAUGAACUUGAGAGAAGGGGGAACAUAGAGCAGAGAGGAGAGAAAGAGGGCGGGAGUGGAAGCAGAGAGCUGAAGCUCAGGGGCCCAGGAUGGUGGGAAGAUGGAGGAUGUGGCGGUGAAGCAGGGCUUCCUGUACCUUCAGCAGCAGCAGACUUUUGGGAAGAAAUGGCGCCGGUUCGGGGCGGCGCUGUACGGAGGGUCGGGCUGCGCCCUGGCCCGGCUGGAGCUCCAGGAGGGCCCGGAGAAGCCUCGCCGGGGAGAGGCCCCCCGGAAGAUCAUCCGCCUCAGUGACUGCCUGCGGGUGGCUGAGGCCGGAGGGGAGGUCAGCAGCCCCCGGGAUACCAGCACCUUCUUCCUGGAGACUACGGAGCGCCUGUACGCGCUGGCGGCCCCCACUGCAGAGCGGGGUGACUGGAUACAGGCCAUCUGCCUCCUGGCCUUCCCCGGCCAGAGGAAGGAGCUGAAGGGGAAGGGCGGCCGGCCCCGCAUGGAGGAGAAUGAAUUGUACAGCAGUGCGACCACAGGGGCCCCCUGCAAGGAGUUUGCUGUGACUGUGAGACCCACAGAAGCCAGUGAGAGGUGCCGACUCUGGGGAUCCUACACCCUCUGGGCCGGGGAGAGUGCCCUGGAGCUGUGGGGCGGCCCUCAGUUGGGCACCCAGCUGUAUGAAUGGCCCUACAGGUUCCUGCGGCGCUUUGGGCGGGACAAGGCAACCUUUUCCUUUGAGGCAGGCCGGCGCUGCCUCUCAGGGGAGGGCAACUUUGAGUUUGAAACCCGGCAAGGCAAUGAGAUCUUCCUGGCCUUGGAAGAGGCCAUCGCUGCCCAGAAGAACGCCUCCCCUCCUGGGCCCCCGACCCAGCCAGUCCCCAACCCUGCGGCGCUGCCCCGGCCGGAGAGUCCCUACUCCCGACCCCACGACUCGCUCCCACCACUAUCGCCCACCACCGUCAGGGUUCCUGCCCCCCGGCUGCAGCGGGGCCCAGAGGGGGAGUACGCGGUGCCCUUCGAUGCAGUGGUACAGAACCCGCGGAAGAGCUUGAGGGGCAUCCUGGCCGUCCCUCCCCAGGCCCCGGCCGACCCUCUGUACGAGAGCAUCGAGGAGCACCCGCCCUCCCGACACGACCACAUAUACGAUGAGCCUGAGGGGGUGGCCGCCCUGUCCCUGUAUGACAGCCCACAGGAGAUCCGGGGUGAGGCCUGGAGGGGGCAAGCCGCAGCUGACAGGGACCCCAGCGGCCUCCAGCAUGUCUACCCAGCGGGACAGGACUUUGCUGCCUCUGGCUGGCCACAGGGGACUGAGUAUGACAAUGUCAUGGUACUUAAGAAAGGCCCAAAGUGAUGGAGGGUGGAGGAGAUGCGGACUCCGUCAGCUGCCAGGGCUGAAGUGGUCCUGUGCCUGCUGG